UUGCGGUGAAACUUUCUGUUAGUGUGAGGAUGCACCGAUUUGACUGAGCCUGGUGAUAUUCUUACAUCGUUGGAGAUGAAGGCUAACCGACGAACUGUGAACUUGUGGAUAUUAAACUUUUUCCUGUGUUGGACUCCGGUUGAGGCACAGAUGGGCUUUGAUGGGUCUCUCUCUGCGCAGGAGCAGAUGUACAUCCUGUAUGAAAUCAAAAUGCAGUGCUACCAGAACCUCUCCAACAUUGAUCCAGGGACCACAGAUGAGGUGUGCCCCCCAGACUGGGACGGUCUUAUCUGUUGGCCCCAUGGCUCCCCUGGGCUGGUUACCAAGGUUCCCUGCCCAUCCUACAUCUAUGACUUCAAUCACAAUGGACAUGCUUACAGAAAGUGUGAUGUCAAUGGUUCCUGGGUAUUUGUAGACCAGUGGAACAAAACAUGGACCAACUACUCAGAAUGUCUACAUUUUCUUCAGCCUUUCAGCGACGAGGAAGCAAGAAAAGGCUUCUUUGAGCGGCUGUAUGUCAUGUAUACCAUUGGCUAUGCUGUGUCCUUCAGUUUUCUGUUAGUGGCCAUCAUGAUUAUUGGAUACUUCAGGCGCCUUCACUGCACCAGAAACUACAUCCACAUGCAUCUGUUUGUUUCCUUCAUGCUUCGGGCAGUCAGUAUCUUCGUGAAGGACAAAGUCGUCCAUUCCAGCGCUGGACUGCAGGACUUUGACUCCGCUCUGCUGGACAACUUAAAAACAGCUAGCAUAGCAUCACUUGACAAGUCUCAGUAUAUUGGCUGCAAGGUGACGGUGCUGCUUUUCAUCUAUUUUCUGGCCACCAACUACUACUGGGUCUUGGUAGAAGGUCUUUACCUCCACAGUCUCAUCUUCAUGGCCUUCCGAUCAGAUUCUAAAUACCUCUGGGGCUUAACACUCAUCGGAUGGGGUAAAUACAUCUCGAAAAUAAACAGUCUAAGCUCCCGUCCGUCGGCGACCCGGCUCUUCCCCGUCCGCGACGACCCAGCAGCUCCUCUCCGGACCAGCAGCACAGCUCCUCAGCUCCACUCCGACCGUGAUGGCGCGGCAGCCGCUCUCUGUUUGUGA